AUGGUCUUGGCCCGGAUACAAAAAGUGCCGCUCAAAAUAUGGGAGCACAAAAAGAAGUCGGCCGUCGCCGUCGGGUUACUCUACUGGGCAGGAAGUUGGGUCGAACGCCGUGUCCGGAACAGUCGGCUACGCGCGCUUUACGCGGCCGAAGCACUGAAGUUCGGCGAACAACCAAUCUCGGCAGAAGACCGGUGUCGUCGCGUCCUCGUCCUUGCCAACGUUCACGCAAAUGAGCGCAGCAGCUACGACGAUUUCAAAGAAAAUGCGCUCCCACUACUCCACCUGGCUGGUUUGCAGGUUAACAUUAUCAAGGCGGAAUCUGAGGCCCAGUUGGAAGCGUUGGCCGCGGCCGUGGACCACGAAGAAGCGGACGCCCUAUAUGUCGUCGGCGGCGAUGCGACGAUUGGCAAGGUGUUGACGGGCAUGCUGAGAAAACGCGAAAACGUCAUUCUGCCGAUUGGCGUGUUUCCGGCCGGCUACGACAACUUGACGCUGAAGCGGCUCGUUCCUGAAGUUUUUCGGCAAGAAGAGGAUAUACGAGCGCAAUGUGAGAGUGCCAUGGCCCUGGUCGAGAAUAUACGACGGCCGGUCCGCCCUUUCAAGGUUGAAAUCGAUGGUUCGGUGGAGAAGCCGCUGUUUUCGAUUGGCGAUGUCGGCGCCGGCUGGUUCCGCCACAUUGAAGAUCGCCGCAAGAAGCUAUGGUAUUUCGGCGGGUUGAAGAGAAGAUGGGCGUAUGGCUGGGAAAUGUUGAAGCGAUCGCCGGAGCAGAUGGAAGUGCAGAUCGAUUGGGAAGAAUACUGCUCCGGCUGCAACAAGUGUCGCGAAGCGCCCCCCUCGGUCAUCGUCCCCUGGCGGUGGUGGCACAUGUUCACCGGCGCACCACGCUUCGUCCACGACCAGCCCAAGAAGGACUUCUCCGGCAUCGUCAAUGAAAAUUGCGGCCUGACCCAUAGCACAACGGCAACUGGGAGUGAGCUCAUCCUGUCCGGCGUGCAAGAAAAUGACGAUGAGCGGAUGCGGCUUCGGAUGCGCGUCGGAGGCACGGGCAGCCGCCUGGACACGAUUCGGGAAGGCUGGAAGAGGGCGGCCGCGGACCUGGUCCACGAAUCCAACACCGUGAACUUCUACGCGGCCGACGUUUUCGGGCGCGCCUUCCAGUUCCAAUUCAACCGGAUACCCGAGUUCGUGCGGCGCCUCUACGUGUCUUCAGACGCAACGAAGGAAGAGGUGGAAGAAGGCAGAACUCGUUUCAACAUCCGCGCCCUCGACAACAAAAUCGAAUUCUUCCUGCCGAACCGCUUACGUUUUGAUGCGACUGCU